AUGGCCGCCGAGUUCCGGCCGCUGGUGGCGCCGCUCGACGAGCCCCCCGCCGGCGACGACGCCAGCCUGACGGUGCGGGCCGUCCGGGCCGUCCUGGCCCACCGGCACAAGGUGUUCGCCGCCGCCGCCGCGCAGCUGCUCGUGUCGACCCUCUUCCCCGGCCGCUUCGCCGUGGUCCCCAUCGCCACGCUGGCCGGCCUCGUCGCCACCGCCGAGCUGGUCCACCUGCUGACGCCGGCGCCCCCGAAGCCCCCGCCCCAGCUGCGCGCCGUGGUCCCCGGCCGCGCGACGCCCCAGCUGCCCCGGGCGGACGGCUCCUUCCCCGCGCCCCCCGCCUCGCCCGGCCAGCCCGUCGUGCUGUUCCUCCUCGGCGUGCAGUUCAACCACCCCCGCGGACGGGCCGGCCCGCACGCGCGCGCCCUGGCCCUCCGCUUCCGCCGCCUCAACGCCAGCCUGCACGAGCGGCGCGCCGAGCUCGGCCUGCUCGGCUGCUCCGAGUGGGCGGGCGGCGGCGGCGGCGGCGGCGGCGGCGGCGGCACGCUCCUCUUUGCCUACUACUUCCGCGACGUGGAGAGCGUGCACCGCUUCGCGCACGGCGAGGCGCACCGCGAGGCGUGGGAGUGGUACGCCGGCGCGGGGGCGGAGCACAUGGGCAUCUUUCACGAGACGUACGCGGUGCCGGCGCACGCGUGGGAGGCCGUCUACGUCAACUGCCGGCCCGAGCUGCUGGGCGCGGGGGUGGUCAGGUGCGACGGGGUUCCGGAGGGCCAAGGGGGGGGGUGGCGCAACACGCUGGUCAGCGCGGACCAUCCGGCGCUGAGGAGCCAGUGGCGGCGGAUGAACCGGGAUGCCGGGGGGGUCCCGAGGGGGUAG